AUGGUUUUCAAUCACUCUCAGUUGCAAACUGUGCAAAAUGUCCAUGUUUUGUUGCUCAGAAACAGUUAUUAUUUCAGUUGGUUCUCUGGAAUUAAAGCCAAGUUAUCCCAGUUAACCGGCAUAAGCGAGUGGAUGAAUCAGCUAGGGAUUGGAAACUCUCCUGGUGAAACGAAUAACUUGACCAUGCGUCGAACUUCGGCAGCGGUUGUGCAAACUAAUAAUGAUUGUAAUGAUUGUCUGGAAACAAUGGAAGAUGUAAUAUCCUACGGAAGCAUCAAAUUAGAUGAGAUUGCGCAAACUCCAGAAGUUGAUUAUGGAUCUUGGGAUUGGAACACCUGUUUAUUGGCCGACUUAGACGCUUCACAUCAGUGGAAUGACACGCUAGAACGUCAGCACUUCGGACCUUUGAGUGAUCUUGUCAUACCAGGGGAAGCUCAUCGCGGCGAAGGACAUACUUUUCAAUGUAUCAAUCUACUCCACCCUACAUGGUGUGACAAAUGUGGUGAUUUCAUUUGGGGUAUAUUAAGACAAGCUGUCAAGUGUGAAAAGUGUAAUUAUACAUGCCAUCAACGUUGCCAAGAGCUUGUCACUCUCGAUUGUAGAUCAGCUGGUUCAUCUUUGGACUCAGGAGAAUAUGACUCAAUAUAUCCAAAGCUCAAUGACGGUACAUUGGGAACAAUUCCCGAGAACUUGAAGCAGCAGUUAGCGGAAAGUUUAUCGGAGUCCAAACUGGAUCAACGAAAUGGAAGCAUUUCGGUUGAGAAUCAUCUGUUCUCAAUAGUAAAAUCGGGAGCUAAGACUCUACCAAAAGCGUUCGCUCCAGUGAUAACUACUCUGAAACAACCAAUUGUUUUUCAAGCUCAGAAUGGCAGACAAAUGAGAGUUCAAGAAUUAUUUGUCAAAGAAGAUACACCUUAUGAGUGGACAUCAGAAUAUCAAGAUGACGACUUGGCAGCGAAAAUCCAAGCAUUCAAUGCAGCUGCAGAAGAAGGGUCACAAUUGGUUAUGAGUUCAGAUGCUAAAUCUUUCUCUGGACAUAUUCAAGUUCAUAUGAAUUUCACUCGUCCAAUCAGUAUAGUAGCUGGGGAGAAUCCGCCAUCUGUCUAUGACGUCAGAAGCACAGGAACUUCGACUAUGAAGCAACGAACCAUCACAUCAUUUUUCCUGCCAAGAAAUACUGUUAAAACAAUAAACAUCAACAGUACAAUGACUACAAGACAAAUGAUUGUAACAUUAUUGAGGAAAUUCCGCGUUGCAGACAAUCCACGCAAAUUCGCCUUGUAUGAAAGCUCUUUGGCUUCUGACGAAAACACUUUGAUGCGUAAACUGGUGAAAGUGGCUGAUGAUGUUUGUCCUUUAAGAGUUGUUUUGAACUGGUUUGAAACCAACUCCUUUUCCACUCUUGUUUUACAAGAAAAUGAUACGGGUGACAUUAUGUGGGAUGCGUUUGAAGUUCCAGAAUUGGAGAAUUUUCUUCGUAUUCUAUCAAUGGAAGAGCAACAGUAUUCUUGGCAGAUUAAACAGCGAUUCCGUCAAUAUGAAAAUUAUUUAAAUAACGAAUUACGAGCUCGAGGCUUAGAUGUAGAUGUGGGUCCUAGCUACUUGAAUAAUCAACAGGAGCAAAAAGGAUAUCAAGAGGAAAUAGAUCCAUUCGGAACUAGCGACAGUCUGAUCGUUUCGGAUGUGUUCCACACUUUGAAAGAUUCAUUUGAUGAACCUACAUAUGUUAAUAUGGAAGAAAUGAAAAGAGAACAAUCAACUCGUUUAUAA